UCUCGAAGUUGCAUAUGGUCGCAUGUAUGUUUUGUUGUUGCGAGCGAUGAUAUGUUCAGAUAAGACUGUGAAUACUUUCAUACUUUAACAUUUAGUUGGUAGAAAUGGGUAAUCAAGUGACACGUGCCGGGCAUGCAUCGAACAAGAAGACUGAUGCUGUCCCGCACACCGGCGACAUGGCCAAUGCGAAUAGUCUGUCGAAAAGUUCCUCCGGAACCGAAUUAGAAAGUAAUUCGCAUAUGCAGUUCUUUCCGAUCGAGAGUCUAGCAAAGACUUUGUCUCAUUUAUCUCAUGAUGAGGAACGUGUAAAUGGUAUUACAAAAUCUGUGUUCCAACGGUACCUCUUCCCUAAUUAUCUAGAACUAGGCGAAAAUUUGUUCAACUAUCUUUAUCAUGCUGCUAAUGUUAGUACUUCAUAUUUGAGUGCCAAUUCUUUCAAACAACAAGCUGAGAAGUUCAUUUCUAUAAUGAAUGAUCAAAUCAUAUUAGAAAAUUAUGUGAAAAUGUAUUCGGAUGUAAGGGGAGAUGGAAGUAUUAGUCCUGACAGAUUGAAAGCCUUAUUGAAUCUUUCUUAUAAAAUUGCCAUGGACAGUAGUGGAACUCCUUCAUGUCUCUAUGCAGAACAAAUAAUUAAUGCAGUUGCUGUAUCUUGUUUUCAUGGCAAAUAUGCUUUGUCUGUGAGUUAUGUGAGCAACUGGAUUUGGCAGCAUUGUCCACGCAUAGUCUAUGGUCCUCAUCGUUAUGUAAUUCAUGUAUUGACAACCGCUUAUCGCAAUGGCAAAGCUCUGUUGUCUAAAGAACAACCUCAACCACAUCUGGAGAUACCAACACCUAUAUUAGAACAACCAGAGUCCUUAGAUUUUCCUCAGAUUUUACUACCUGUAAGCUAUGUAUGGUUGUUAUCAACCACUCUACCUCAAUGCUACCUUCAGGCAGAUGAUUCACCAAAGGAUAUUACUCAUGCCUUGAUAGCUAAGAGAAUGGGCAGUGUAUGUCCUAGACACUGGACAUUGUUAUACAAUAGCUCAGAAAAUGGGACAGGAGCUAAUCGUUUUCUUCAUCAUGUGCUAGGUUACAGAGGUCCCACUCUAUUAUUCAUACGAGCUGUUAGUCCAGACAAAGAUACAGUCUCUCCCACACUUUGUAUAUGUUCAGCAGUAGAAUGGCGUGAAAGUCAUCUGUAUUGGGGUGACGAAGAUUCAAUGGGCAUUGAACUGUUUCCCUCAUAUAGAAUUAUUGAGAAAGGAGGCAAAGUAUUAUACCUGAAUACUAACAUCAGGGGCUAUCCUCACGGAUUACGAUUCGGAAGUAAUACCCGCUCGCCAUAUAUCAGUAUAGAUGAAUCAUUCCAUUCAGUUAGUAUUGCAGGUGCACCUUAUCCAAUUGCUAGCUUAGAAAUGUGGGGUUGUGGAGAUACGAAAUUGAGGGAACGUCAAUUGGAAAUUAAAAAGUGGCAAGUAAAGGAAGCAGAAAAGCAAAGGACCGUUAAGUUAAGCGCUAGCGACUGGAUAGAUCAUCCUGAUCGCUACUUACUUGAAUUGGCGGGUAGGGCAUCUUAUAACGAGUCGAAUAAAUAGUCCUAAGAAGAUACUGUAUUAUAGCACAAAAUUAAUUCAGGAUUCUAGUAGAUUACUUGUAUAUAUGUAUAUACUAUCAAGCAUAUUGCUGCUAGAAUAUGUACUUAUGCUGUAUGUGUAAGAUCGCAACCACCAUAUUCAAUUUGCUUUUUAUUUUAAAUGUGUACUUAUCUAGUACACCGAGAAAUGCAGAUUAUAAUUAUUUAUGGUUAUAAAUAUGUCAGAACAAGGCGACGAUUUUUUAUAUUUGAUGAAAACUGACAAAUUGACAUCGAAAUACCAUUUAAACUGUAUAGU